GGAAGAAGAACUAUGGCGUCGUGUAGUGGGGAGUCAAGCAACCUUACAGCCACCGAGGAGGAGGCGACCGAGACUUCUACGUCCCAGAAAAGAGAAGCGAGGCUCCGAAAAUUUCGAGAGUUACAUUUUAAAAGGAAUGAAGCACGUAAGCUCAAUCACCAGGAGGUUGUGGAGGAGGACAAGAGGCUGAAACUCCCUACUAACUGGGAGGCUAAGAAAGCCCGUCUGGAGUGGGAGCUUGCUGAAGGUCAAAAGAAAAAGGAUUGUGCUGACAGAGGUGAGGACUAUGACAGAGUGAAACUGCUGGAGGUCACUGCUGAUGAUGCUGAGCGCUGGGAGAGAAAGAAGAAGAAGAAGAAUCCAGACACAGGAUUUGCAGGUUAUGCUGAGGCCCAAUUCAGACAAUACCAGAGGCUCACCAAGCAGAUCAGACCAGACAUGGAUGGCUACGAGAAACAGAGAGAGGAAUGUGGUGAAGACUUCCAUCCCACGUCCAAUAGCCUGAUCCACGGAACUCAUGUCCCUACAAAGGAGGGCAUUGACCGCAUGGUGGAAGAUGUUGAGAAACAGAUCGAGAAGCGGUCCAAGUACAGCCGACGCAGGGCCUACAACGACGAUGCAGACAUUGACUACAUCAACGAGAGGAACGCCAAGUUCAACAAGAAGGCGGAGCGCUUCUACGGCAAAUACACAGCAGAGAUCAAACAAAACUUGGAGAGAGGCACAGCUGUCUAAUGUCCAACACUUCAGUUUUCUCUUCAUUUAACAGUCUUGGAUGCAUCUUUUUCUUCCAAGAAUAUAUGUAUUAAUGGCUAAAACGGACUGUGUAUUGUAACGCUGAGGUUAUUUUGAGUUGAAAGAUAAUUCAAUCAUCUGUAAGAUAUAUAGUGUUUGGUGUCUCUUUGUACAGUAUAAGUAUUCUUAUCCUUAUUUUGAAAUAAACCACUUUCAAUUUUCCAGUUA